AGGAGCUUCGGGGUCUGAGCAGGCCCCCCAUCUCUCCCCAGUGUCCCCCGUCGCAUGUGACAUGAGCCCCUGCGGGCCCCUCAACCGGAGCCUGGCGGACGAGGCCACCCUAUGCGCGGGACCCGGAGCCCCCAAUGCGUCGGCCGGGCCGCCUCCGGGCGCAGGGGGUGCGUCGCCGGCGCUGCCCAUCUUCUCCAUGACGCUGGGCGCCGUGUCCAACGUGCUGGCGCUGGCGCUGCUGGCGCAGGCCGCGGGCCGGCUGCGGCGCCGCCGCUCGACCGCCACCUUCGUGCUGUUCGUGGCCAGCCUGCUGGCCACCGACCUGGCGGGGCACGUGAUCCCGGGCGCGCUGGUGCUGCGCCUGUACGCGGCGGGCCGCACGCCGGCCGGGGCCGCCUGCCACUUCCUGGGCGGGUGCAUGGUCUUCUUCGGCCUGUGCCCGCUGCUGCUGGGCUGCGGCAUGGCCGUGGAGCGCUGCGUGGGGGUGACGCGGCCGCUGCUGCACGCGGCGCGCGUCUCGGCGGCCCGCGCGCGCCUGGCCGUGGCCGCCCUGGCCGCGGUGCCCUUGGCCGUGGCGCUGCUGCCCGCGGCGCGCCUGGGCCGCUACGAGCCGCAGUACCCGGGCACGUGGUGCUUCAUCGGGCUGGGCCCCGCGGGCGGCUGGGGCCAGGCGCUGCUCGCCGGUCUCUUCGCCGGCCUCGGCCUGGCCGCGCUGCUGGUCGCGCUCGCGUGCAACACGCUCAGCGGCCUGGCCCUGCUGCGCGCCCGCUGGCGCCGCCGCCCCCCGACGGCCGCGCCCCGUCUCCGCCGCCGCCAACGCAGCCACGGGCCGGCCCGCGGCUUCCGUUCGGCCUCCGCCUCGUCCGCCUCAUCGGCGCUCUCGGCCUCCGCCGGCUCGGGCCGCUCCCUGAGCCGGGGCUCAACGCGCCGGGCCCGCGCGCACGACGUGGAGAUGGUGGGCCAGCUCGUGGGCAUCAUGCUGGUGUCGUGCGUCUGCUGGAGCCCCCUGCUGGUGCUGGUGGCGCUGGCCGUCGGCGGCUGGGCCUCCAGCUCCCUGCAGCGGCAGCUGUUUCUGGCCGUGCGCCUCGCCUCUUGGAACCAGAUCCUGGACCCCUGGGUGUACAUCCUGCUGCGUCAAGCGGUGCUCCGCCAAGUGCUCCGCCUGCUGCCCCCCCGGGCCAGUACCAAGGACAGCCCGGCAGGGCUCUGCCUGACCAGGAGCACCUGGGAAGCCAGCUCCCUCCGCAGCUCGCGGAACAGUGCCCUCAGCCACUUCUAGAC